UAGAAAAAAAAGUCGAGUAGGGUACAAGGCAGAUCAGAAUGUAUGUAUGUGCUCUGUAGCUGCAGGUGACAGAGAACAUCGCCCCGAACGGUUUAACCGCGGGGAAGCCCUCGGGGCUGGUGAUUGGCCCAGUGGUCACCCUUCUGUCGCUCUGCUCAGCAAGUCCAGUGUCAGCUUCAUACUAAGGCGGGUACCCACCCUCCUGGCCAUCAGGUGGCUCCCUGGAGCGGCCGUCUACCAGAUGGGUCCUGUGGCUGUCGGUGGUAUCCGAGGUGCUGUACAUCCUGCUGCUGGUGGUCGGCUUCAGCCUCAUGUGUCUCGAGCUCUUCCACUCCAGCAAUGUCAUCGACGGGCUCAAGCUCAACGCCUUUGCCGCUGUCUUCACGGUGCUGUCCGGCCUCCUGGGAAUGGUAGCCCACAUGAUGUACACACAGGUGUUCCAGGUCACCGUGAGCCUCGGCCCUGAAGACUGGAGACCCCACUCCUGGGACUACGGAUGGUCCUUCUGCCUGGCGUGGGGCUCCUUUACCUGCUGCAUGGCAGCCUCUGUCACCACACUCAACUCCUACACCAAGACGGUCAUUGAGUUCCGGCACAAGCGCAAGGUCUUUGAGCAGGGCUACCGGGAGGAGCCGACCUUCAUAGACCCUGAGGCCAUCAAGUACUUCCGGGAGAGGAUCGAGAAGGGAGAUGGGCUCGAGGAGGAAGACCUUCACUUGGACUGUCGCCACGAGAGACGCCCUGCCCCAGGACACCACCCGCACAUGGGAGAUUCCUGGCCGCGGAGCUCCACUCACGAGAUGCCAGAGCUGAACCGUCAGUGCUGGGUCCUGGGGCACUGGGUGUGACGGAGACCCAGCCUGGCCCCCAGACCUCAGGCUGUCGUUGGAACCGGCCCCCUGCCAGAGGACCACUGGUCCGGUGCCCCUGGAGACCUGGCCCGCGUGCUGUGAACUCAGCCAGCCUGUGUGGGAGACGCAGGCCUACCCCUCCCACUGCUGUCUGGGGCUCAGGGUCCUGUAAGGGGAGCCGGGGUGGCCCAAGGGAAUGGGCAGGGCCCACACUGCGACUUUGGGACAGCAGCUCCUGACUCUUGCUGCUGUCACAGGCGGUGCCCUGUUUGGUGCAGCUGGGAUGCCGGGAAAGUCAAGGCCAUUGGCUCUGCAGCUGGGAUGCCAGGAAAGUCAAGGUCAUCGGCUCUGCAUCUGGGAUGCCAGGAAAGUCAAGGUCAUUGGCCACUGAGAGCCGGACAGGAAGUUCAGAGGGGCUGGGCCGUGGGGAGCCCUGCACAAGGCAGGGAGCGGGUGGGGCCUCCUGGCGCUGGGUCCGCGGGGGGGGUCACACAGCAGGCACAUGGCAGGGCCACAAUAAAUGCUUGUUGAACCUGU